AUGUACUUCCGAUUAUUAUGUGUAGUGCUUCUGUACAAUUUUACAGCAGCGGAUAUGUCAUCGUUGUUCCAUAUCAUCAAUGGAACGGACGCCUCGAUAGAGGACUUUCCAUUCGUAAUAUCGUUGAGAAUAAAGGACAAACACAUGUGUGGUGGUAGCAUUCUUACGGAGAACUGGAUUUUGACGGCCGCCCAUUGUUUCAACAGGGUAAACGGCAGCGUUGUUUCCGUCUCUGUUCAGGUUGGACGGACAAACAUAUCCGAAGAGGUUGACUCUUCGGUUCAUAAAGUUGAUCAGUUAGUUGUGCAUCCGGAAUACACGAAAGAAGGUGGUUGGUCUAACGAUAUUGCUCUAAUUAAGUUGAAGGAGCCGCUGGUUUUCUCGGAGCUGGUUCAGUCCGUCAAACUGCCUCCGGCUGGCUAUGAAAUUGAAGAUCCAAACCGGCCAGUAACGUUGGCAGGUUGGGGAAGAACUGCCAGUGGUAAAAUUUCGCAAACACUGCAGAAACUAAGCUACCUCAUCGUCGCCUAUAACGAGUGCAAACUGCUGUACAAUAAUGCGAUUUUAUCAACGCACAUUUGUACCCCUUAUCCAGGACCGUACAAAGGGGACUCCGGUGGUCCCCUGCUGUACCAAGGACUCCAGGUGGGCAUUGUUGAGGGCGGUGGCAAAUCACUUCCAGGAGUUUUCACUAAAGUAUCGUCGUAUAUUGGAUUCAUCGAGGGUUAUGUAUGA